AUGAUGAGCUCCUCGAUGACCGGUCCGAGCGGCGGCGGCGUGCAGAAAUCACAGGCCGGAGGUCCUCUGUCGCCGUCGCCGCAGUCCGCGGUCGACAAGUCGGCGGCGGUGUCGUCGGGUUACGGCACAUACAACAGGCGCGGUACCGCAACCACGGUAGAUCGCCGUCGGCGGACCGACUAUCGCGGCGGCAGGGACGGCGACCAUCACGACGAUGACGACGACGGCGACGACGAUGACGACCGACUGUCCGAGCUCUCCGACUCUGGACACUUUCUGGCCAAGGGCGCGUUCCUCAUCACGCCCAGCAACGAGCUGAACCUGGAGAAGGCGACGGCCAUAUGCGAGAAGAUGAACUACAGAGGACCGUACUCGGUGACCAGGACAGCCACGGGCAUACUGUUCAAAUUCGCCGAACAAGACGACUAUCACGUGACGUUCCGCAAGGGGUUUCACAAGGUCACCAACUCGAGGUUCUACAAGAAGAUUCCUAUACCAUGCAGACCACAGAAGACAUUUUCAGUUUUGGUUUAUGAGAUACCCGAAGACAUUCCCGAUGAAGACAUUCGCCAUUCGCUGUAUAAAUUUCAAACUGUCGUCGAGGUCGUUAGACUUUAUCAUGCCGGGUACCGCCACGCGGCCUUGACCGUGGCGGACGGCAAGAACGCGGCUACGUCGCAGACAGCUGUUGAACAGCAACAGCAACAGCUCCUGCAGGCCGGACCGGCGUCGUCGCUGGCUGCGGCGGCGGCGGCGGGCGGGUCCGCAUCUGCGAACACGCAACAACACCACCCUGCGCCGCCCGUGGUGCGCGUCACGCUGGCGUCCGUCGAGGAGUGCAACGUGCUGCUGCACAACGGUUUGGACUUUUACGGGGCCACAUUCUUCCCGGUGGAGGCCGCCUCCCCCGUCGCUCCGAAAAAGAAAGCGUUGCCGCCAAAUAGCCGUCUGAUGGAUCUGGUGACUACCAGUGGUCACCGUAUACGUGACCUGUUACCCGUAUUCGACUCGGCAGGAUUCACGAAGAUUCCUCCACCGGCCAGCAAAGUAGUCAAGCCACACUAG